AUGGACAAGGCGCAAGCGUUGCUUCCCAAUGAGGAACGCCUGCACCUGAUAUCGGGUCUCGACUUGAGUACUGCUGACACUGGGGCUGUGGCCGCAUUCCUCAAGUCGAUCCCACAAGCUGAACUUUUAGAUCUCGCAUGUAUAUUCGCAGCGUAUUCUGUCAAAGACUGUCUGGAUCUGCAAGAUAUCAAACGCCUCAAUACUAGGCUUCUCUCGAACUUGCUCGACGCUGUCGAUAUUUGCUGCCCCCGUCUUCAAUUCAUUACGCUUCAGACUGGGGGCAAGUAUUACGGCGUUCAGUUUCCGAACGAGGUUAACCUUGUUACCCCUUUCAAGGAAAGCGUUUCUCGAAUUCCGGAGCCGUUUGCGAACGACAUCUUCUACUAUGCGCAAAUCGACUUGAUGAACGAACGAAACAAGGGAAAGUCUUGGAAAUGGGCUGAUAUCCGACCCGACGCUAUCGUUGGAUUUGUGCCACAGAACAAUGCCUUGGGAAUAGCUCAGGCCCUUGCGGUAUUCCUCUCGCUCUACCGAUAUGUGCAUGGUGAUGGGGCGAAGGUGCCAUUCCCGGGUGACUCGGCGAGCUUCAAAGCUAAGCACACCGAUACAAGCCAGGAAAUUUUGGCCCGGUUCACGAUAUUUGUCAAUUUGGGCCCUGAAAAAAGGAACGGACGCGCAUACAACAUUGGCAACUCAGAUAAAUAUGUAUCGUGGGAAACCAAAUGGAGUGGUAUAUGCGAGUAUUUCGGGCUCAAGGGUGAACCUCCACUGCAUGAACACCCUUUGAGUGUAUCUCGUUGGAUACAAGAGCACCAUACCCAGUGUUCACGAUGGGUUAAAGAGUUCAAAUUGAAGCAGGGGGCAUUUGAGGGCUCGAGUUGGGAGUUCUUAGAAGCGCUGGUAAGUGGCGCGUUUCGCAACACGGCCUCGGCCGCGCUAGGGGUAGAGCUUUACCUCCCCCCUAUGCGAAUACAGAUGCAACAAACCAUUCAGGAGACGGCCAUUCGGAUCCAAACCGGGCCGGCCAUGGCCUGCCCCCGGGGGCUGCGCUGGGAGAGGUCGAAGGAGGCAUUCAAGGCCUCCGGAUACUCUCCGAUGGAGGCGCUGAAGUGGAAGAAAACGGGUCCGCUAUAUGCAUACGGCGGCAGACAGGAGGAGUGGGAGACCAGACGGGCUCAUGUGCUGGCCCCGUGGGAGUUGCCCCUAAGGUAUAUCAUUGAGGGGGCAGAGGAGGCAGGGAUGAUCGGAGCCGCCGCGGUCUCUAUUCGAGCAAGUAGGACCGCCAGGAAGUACCUAGGAACGGAACUGGACUCUACGGUCUACGUGGGGGAGUUGGAAGGGGCCCGAAUGGCCCUGGAUCGGGCGAAACCUACCCCAAUUACGGUCUUCUCAGAUAGUCAGGCAGCUAUUCAAGCCGUGCGCAACCCUGGCCGGCCAUCGGGCCAGUACGCACUACGGACUAUCUACGGGAGAAUUAGGGCCCUGCGGAGCGAGAGCCUGGAAGAUACUGAACUGCGUUAG